UAAAUAUUUUUGAAAAAUAACUGUAAAUUAUACAUGAAAACAUUAGCUAACUGUAAACGUAAUUAUGGAAACGUAUUUAUGGAAAGUUUCUCUUUUCUCUUUUGAAUAAUAACCUAUCUGGUUUAGUAUAUGUGUUUUGGUCAAUCAAUAUGGAUGUUUCUUUUUUAAAGAUUAUUUUUGCCUUUAUGGCAUUUUCAAUUGUCAUAUUAAGUGUUUUAAUUAAUUUAAUUGAAUCUAAAUUACCGGUAUCUAUAGUGCAAACGUUUAGGUAUGGUAAAUUUUCAAGUGAAAAGAAACAUUUUUUGGUCAACUACUUGGAAGUACCAAAAAAUUGGUUCAAACAUUUUUAUGUAUUUGCUGCUGUUUGGUCAACACUUGGAUUUGUAUUAGUAAUAUUAGCUUUUGUAUUCAAAAUGCCUGUUCCUGGAUUCAUAACAUAUUUUCUGGACAUGGUAGCUCUAAAGAAUCGACGGACUUCAUACAAUGCAACUGCUGCUACUGUUGCCAUGUUCUGUAUGCUAAUUCAAUGCUGGAAGCGUUUUUAUGAAACCCAUUAUUUAAGUAUUUUUUCAAAUUCAAAAAUUAAUAUUUCUCAUUAUGCCAUUGGCUACAUACACUAUUUUGGCUGUAUAGCUGCCAUAUUAGCUGAAGCACCAUCACCUUUUACCUCACUUUCUGUUGAUCAUCUAUCCUACUUCUUAAUUAAUGAUAUAAACAUUAGACUGAUCAUUGGAAUUAUUAUUUUUCUGUGGGCUUUCCAACAACAGUAUUUGGCAAAUGUAAGUUUGGUUAAUUUGAGAACAAAUAAAGAAGGAAAAGUUAUAACAUAUGAACACAAAAUUCCAACUGGUGGUUUAUUUGACAAAAUAUCUUGUCCUCAUUUGUUUUGUGAAAUGCUUAUAUAUAUGGCCAUAUACAUAAUGCUUUGGGGAAGUCAGAUUUGGCCUUACAUUUUUUUUUUGGGUAUUGAGUAAUCAGUGUGAAUCUGCAAUGCUUAAUCAUUGGUGGUAUCAAUCAAAAUUCAAAAUGUACCCAAAAGAAAGAUAUGCGUUCAUUCCAUACAUAUUGUAAGAGGUUUAAGAAUUGAUUUAAUUUACACUUUUGUUUUUUAUUAGUUGAAUUAUUCUAGUUAGUUAAGUUAUUUGUUAAUAGUAUAUCCAUUUAUAUUAUUUAUACAAAAAUAAAUUCAUAUUUAUAUUGA